AUGGCCACUAUACGCAUUCUAGACAGCGACCGUGUGGUGGGGGUCAGCCUAGCCCUCGCCUCACAGAGGCCUGUGUUUUUCUUCAUGGCAAACCUACCGAGUUCAAACUAUCCCACAAACUUCUAUGCGGAAUACGUAGAUUAUCUAUUCGAACUAUGCGAAUUCUACAGUCCCACCGGGGAAAUAGUGAUAAUGGGGGACCUAAACGCUCAGAUUAGUGGUGAAAGAACCCCCAGUGUGGCAUCCUGCCAAAGAACCAGAGCUCUUCAAUCCCUGUUGGACAGAUUGAUCCUCCUUUCCAUUCCUGUUAGCAACUUGUGUUCAGGACCUGCCUACACGUUUGAUCCAUUCGAGGGUUCUGACAAAACCCUGAUCGACCACAUUUGUGUUUCGCCAGUGAUGCUCGAAAAUGCACAGUGUAGCAAAGUAAUUGACGAGGAACUUUUGAAUACGUCGGAUCAUUUGCCCGUGUUUACAAUCUUAAAACUCUUCAGCAACGCAUCAUACACACUGUGCUCGAAUCCUGUCCGAGAUUCGCGAAAAACUCUUCAAUGGAGACGUUGUCUUCAGGGCGAGUUCGAUAAAAUAGUAAGCUAUUGCCAAGUACUCGGACAGGAACUUUCAGUCAUCCAAGUAAAUGGAGAUCCCACCUCAAAAGAGGUUGACUCCCUCUAUUGCAAUAUAACUCGCGCUAUGAGCAAUGCCGCCGAAAUGACCAUUCCACAAAGGAAAUCCCGCAAGCGAUGCCGUCCUCAUUGGGAUAACUGUCUUAAAUCUCUCCACAAAAACAUGCGUCUUGCUAGACACGAGUGGCUAAAAGCCGGUAAGUCGGGUGACCCGAACUCUACCGAACGUCUUCAGUACAAGCGGCACAAACGCAUAUUUCGAGUAGAACUUAGAAAACUCGAUGCUUAUCUUGAGAAUGAAUUUUACAACAGUUUAAGCUCUGCUGCGGAAAUUGACCAAGGCUUAUUCUGGAAAUUGCUGAAAAGACAUCGACGCCAGCCUCCAUCAGCUCCUCCACCAAUGCGCUUUGGUGGCACAACUUACUACAGUUCUGCUGACAUCAGCAGAAAGUGGGCCGAGUAUUUCGAAAACGUAUUCACACCAGAUACGACCGGUAAAUACGAUGAAACAUUCAAAAAACAUAUCGAGCAUACUUUAGAAACGAUUGAAAAGGACUCUGCCGACAGCGCCGUGCAUAUCCCCGCUCUUGACCAACCUUUUACGGUUGAUGAGAUCAAGGCUGAGAUAAGAACGCUAAAACAUGACAAAGCGUGUGGAAUUGACGGCAUCUCAAAUGAACAGAUAAAAUACGGAGGCCAUGCAUUGCAUACACUUCUUGCGUCCUUGUUUAAUUCAAUUCUUAAAACGCCUCACGUUCCAAAACCCGCCAAACAAGGAGUCAUUCAUACCCUAUAUAAAGGCAAAGGAAAAGACAAAAAUGCCCCGCAAGGUUACCGCCCAAUUACCUUGCUGUCGUCAGUAUAG